AGGUUCUCAUGGAGAACUGCUAUUGAAGAGAGAUCCAUUUGGUGGGAUGUAAUAAUAAUAAAUAAAGAAUGAAUCAAGAGAAAACCUCUAAAUGCAAGUACCAGAAAAAUUACAACACAUCUCAGUGAAUUUGCAAGUGGAUCAUCUUUUUUUUGUGGUUGGCAGGCAGUUAUAGGAUUGCAAAAUGGGUCUGCGGAUUCAUUUUGUUGUUGACCCACAUGGUUGGUGCUGCAUGGGUUUGAUUGUCUUUGUCUGGUUAUACAAUAUUGUUAUAAUUCCCAAAAUUGUCCUCUUUCCUCACUAUGAAGAAGGACAUAUUCCAGGCAUAUUAAUAAUAAUAUUCUAUGGCAUUUCCAUAUUCUGUCUGGUUGCCUUGGUGAGGGUCUCAAUAACCGAUCCAGGAAGACUCCCUGAGAACCCUAAGAUCCCACAUGGAGAAAGGGAGUUUUGGGAAUUAUGUAACAAAUGUAAUUUGAUGAGACCAAAACGUUCCCAUCACUGCAGCCGCUGUGGCCACUGUGUGAGGAGAAUGGAUCAUCACUGUCCUUGGAUUAACAAUUGUGUUGGUGAAGAUAAUCAUUGGCUUUUUCUACAGUUGUGUUUCUACACUGAACUUCUUACUUGCUACGCACUGAUGUUUUCUUUCUGCCACUAUUAUUAUUUUCUUCCACUAAAAAAGCGUAAUUUGGACCUCUUUGUUGUUAGACAUGAAUUGGCCAUAAUGAGACUAGCUGCCUUUAUGGGCAUUACUAUGUUAGUUGGAAUAACUGGACUCUUUUAUACUCAACUAAUUGGCAUCAUCACAGAUACAACAUCUAUUGAAAAGAUGUCAAACUGUUGUGAAGAAAUAUCGAGGCCCCGAAAGCCAUGGCAGCAGACCUUCUCAGAAGUUUUUGGCACUCGUUGGAAGAUCCUGUGGUUUAUUCCUUUCAGGCAGAGGCAACCACUGCGAGUUCCCUACCACUUUGCCAAUCAUGUCUAAACAGAUGGAUGGUGGGCACAGAUGGGUCCUCCAUGCUGGAAAUGCGUUACAGGUUUUAUGAUAAUAGAACUAUGACAGUCUUCAAGUCAAUUAAAAUCCACCCACCAAUCUUAGGCAUCAUAAUGUGCCCCAGGCUUUAUUUUAAUAGUGUUCUUGAUCCUGUUGUGGGACUAAUACAAGAUCUAUAUUUAAGUUUUAAAGCAUGUUUACUUUCAAAUUAGGUUUCCACAGGGAUUUCUUUAAAUGCUUUUGUUAUUAAGCUCAAAAGGCAGUGAUUGGGAUGAAAUAAUCGUACAUAAUUUCUUUUAGUACUGACAGUGUUACAUAUUUUAAUUUAUGGGAAAUUUCAGAUGUUUAUUAAAAUUUUUACUUUUAGGAAGUACUAACCAAAUCUGAAUUUAAUUCUUCAGGUUUUACAGAAGUUGAUAAACCUUAUAGUAUAUGUAAAUUUUCUUUUUCAAAUACAAUUUAAAAUAUUUAAUUCUUCCUUUUAUAUGUACUGCAAGAUUUUUUUAAAUGCAGCAUAGGAGUGAAGAAUGAAAAAAGGGCAGUGUUUUCUUAGGAUUAAUCUUCUAAUGUUUUCUUCCUUUCUCUUCUCCAAAACCAAAAUAAAAAUACCACUAAAGUAAAACACAAACUACCUACCUUAUUAUAAAAGAAAGAUUAAUUUUUUUUCCACAUUAACUUUCCCAUUUCUUUUCCCUUUACCAUUGUAAUUGUUGAUUGUUAUUAGAAUAUCUGCUCCCAGGAGAAAUUUGUGACCGGUGGGCAUGUAUUCCUAGCUACCCUAAGAUUUUAAAGAGCAAAAAGGGUAGAGAUUUGCAAUAAUUCCUUCAACUAGAAGAAACGGUCCUUAUUGUUACCACAGUUACCUUUUCUAGUGCAGUUAUAUUAGAAUGUGUGUUUUUUAAAUGCUAAUGUAACUAGAUAAUAUAUAAUGUACAUAAAGAGGAAUAUUGUGCUUUUGAAAAAAAUAUGCUUUUUACUUUUAUUUAUCCACUAGUAGAUCUAAAAUUACACAUUGAAGGUUUAUAUAUAACAGAUAUUGGCAAACCUAUAUUGAAAUUUUAUUUAUAGGAAGUUACUAGUAAGUCACUAACUUUUGUGUACCAAUAAUCACCCAAGUUGAAAUUAAACUUUAAUUCGGCCAGCUAUAAUUUGCAUUGAGACCUUGUAUUAGUAGCUAAUGUUAGGAAAUGACUUUAAAAUAAGAAAAUAUAAUGAUCUAUAUUUAUCAUUAGUCUUAUACAAAUUUAAAUUGUUAGUAGUUCUGGUCUUUUGGAAAGCAUAGAACACUUGUGUGAAAAGACAUUUAAUAUGCUUUGAAAAAAAUUCAGCUUUUAAUUUUUUCCAUUAGAAUGCUGCAAAAUACAUAUAUCUUUUUAAAGAAUUUAUGUACUCACAGUCUUUCCCUUGAAGAGAAUAUUGGAAGAGUCUACUGUUCUUGGACCAUGUUAAUAUUUUUCUUUUAGUUCAUUUUGAAAGUGAGGAAUCAUACCUGGGAAAUAAUAAAACAGAAGGUUACCAUUGUCAGCCAAUUACCUAUACUGUGAUUAUUCUUUCAGAAGUUGUAAAUAUCUUAUAAAAUAUUCUGAAAUAAUAGAAUAAGCUAUUCUCAGAUAUUAAUUACCAUGUCUUUCAUGUUCUAAUUAUAAUGCUUUAUUACUUAAAAAAUUAGAAGUGGCAGAUGAAAAGUAUUUAUCGGUGCUAAGAUGCGUAGUAAAUUUAAUAUAAGAAAUAUAUUUAUAAAGCUUAAUGAAACACAAAAUUAGUAUGUUCAUGUCAGGCAAAUGGGUUGGAUUUUGUGCAAGCUAAUUCACCAAAUUUGGCUUGGUGACAGAACUGUUACAAGGAAGUAAUGUAUAGAUGAUGUAAGUAGAUACCAGUUGAAUGCCUUAUGUUGUAUAUGUUCCUUUCAAAUAAGGACCUUGAGAAAACAGCAGAGCCAGGUGAAGACCCGUAAAGAACUUUAUGGACUUAUUUAUACUUCAUGUAGUAGCAGUAGCUACUGAAAGGUACUGGGGAGAUCUCUUUCCCACUCUGAGGAUUUGUGUUUUUGUUUUUCUUACAUUUACCACUCUUAGGGCACAUUCUCUUCCCUUCUUUCUCUUUCCCCUCCCUGAUCCCUCUGUACCUGAUUCCUCUGAGUUACUGGACUACAAACUAAUGCACUGGACGAGUAUAUGCUUAUUUUGUUUGAAUGGCAGAAAUGCUACAUAUCAAUAUAAUAAGAAUCUAUAUUAAAGUACAUGUAUAUAUACUUAGGCUGUAACUUUCAGUAUUCCCAGGUUAGCAUACCUAACCCUACUGUAGGUUUUGUGAUUCUUGUUAGGACUACUAGAGAGAAACCAACUGGCAGUUUUCUAGGGAUUGCAUAAACUCUGGUGUUCUUUCUGCGCCCUCUUUUGGCUAAUUGAUGUAAUUAUACUGGCUCUAGAGAUUUACUACCCCUUAAGUAAAUUGUAUAGCCAAAUUCUGAACAUGUCAGAGGUACAAACUUAGGAGGAGGAUAUGUACAAAACUGUAAAAUUUCAUGAAAACGAGCAUGUUACUGUUUUAUGGUGUUAUUUCUAGUUCAUAAGAAUGUGAUGACUACUUUGCUUCAUGUAUAUUAUAUUUUUUACUAUCAAUCACAAAUUUAUAUCAGAUUAGGAUAAACUAAUUUAAGCCAUUUCAUGUAUUUUAUUUUAAACUUUAUUUUGGCAAAUUAAUUCUUUAGAAUUAGAAAAGCUGUUGCUCUAAAAUUACCAUUUAUUACAAAACACAGAAAUUUAUUAUAGUUAUAGUGUCAAUCAAGUAUCUAGUGUGUUUUAAUGAAUAUCUAAGAAAUAUGUUUAGCUUUUUUUAAUCUCAGUUUUGGAAUAAUUUUUUUUACUGGCUCUACUGUCUUAAGAUAACUAAUAAGAGAUUAACAAUUUUUUAUAUACUUUUCUCUUCUUAGUUCUUUUUUAAAAUUUUCCAGUUAGUUAUAUCUGUAAUCAAUUCAUUAUGUAUUCUGGAUAACCAUGAAAAUAACUAAAGGUGUUGAGGAUCAAAAAAUAAUUAUGAGCAGUGAGAUUAUUGAUGUAAUCUAUACGUUGGACUGAAAUAUUUUAUAAACAUUCCAUUUAACUUUAAGCAAAAUGUACGUUAAAGGAUGUUAUUACAUAAGUAAAGUCAUUUAUUGGGCUUCUGGAUAUGAAAGACUUUUACCUAGAUACUGUAAGUUACGCUUCCUGAACAAUCAUAUUUGUUGUUGUUUUCUGCAAAGAAAAAUGUUUAUGGGCUCAAUGUAGGCUCAAGAUUGUAGGCAAAAAUGGACUGGAUUCAGAAUUUCUCAAAUAAUAGGCAUUCAGUUAAAGAGCUGUUGGUACUUUGUAAUCCGGACUUAUAGUUUAAAAAUAUUGUCAGCUGAUGUUACAUUAUAAUAAAAAUACUAUUUUGCUUAAGUGUUGCAUUAAAAAAUAGCUGUGGUUAA